AUGCGACCGGCUCUUCUUCGACUCCUGAAGAGGCCGUCCGCCUUCUCGAUCCUCAAUUCCCUUGCAGCCACCCCGGUCGGAGUCGAGCAGUUGGAGUCCAGAUACACGCGUCUGCGCUGCCGAUCGCGAUGCGCCGGUGAAAUUUCUCUCGAUGAGACCGAGGAGAGAUCGUCUAUACAGGAGCCUGGGUAUAGACAGCAGACUGGGGGUGAGAAACGGCCUUUCAGCUUUGCUAUCUACGAGAUUGAAUCGCCAUCCGAGAACCGUUCCUCCGAAUCUUCACAUCGCCCGGACAAUACAGAUCGACAUAGUACGGCUGAGCGUGUCAAAAAAAAUCUGCGGCUACAACAAGAGCAACUGGAGUUUGAAUCGGAUAUCGGCCACACAAAAGACAUUGGAACACGACUAGUGGAUAGCUUGGCGCAUCGGCAUGACUGUGAGCUUUGGGAGGAACUGCUACGGUUUCGCCAGCGUCAUUAUGGUGACAAAGGUACACAAGAUAUUUGGGAGGGCUUGACCAUCCGCUUGGAUGGUGUGAAGCUUCCCGUGACCGGAGAAAGGGCAGACUUCUUUUGGCAAAGCUUUGUGGACCUGGGUUUGAAGCGACAUUUAUUUCUCAAGGACGUGGUGGAAUAUGCAGUAAAUAUCUGGGAAACGCAAAAUGCUUGCUGGAGCAAAUUCUACCGAAGUGUCGUGGGUGGUCUUCUUGACCGGGGGAUGCAGAAACAGGCCGUGGAGUGGCACCAAAAGCUUCAAGCCUCCGGUCUUGCCCGCCCAGAUGAUCUGGUCCAGGUCAUCCAGCCAGCCAUUCAUCCAGAAUACCUUUCAGCCAGCACAAACUCAUUGAAAAACCCUCAACUGCUAUCUGCUUUCCAGAGGCUUUCGACUUUCCAGACCAUGAUCCGUCAAAUUCCAGGCCAUCAGGUCUACGGUUCAGUCAUUCCGGCCCUUUUACGGCAGGGAUAUGGAGAAGACGCCAUCUCAUUGCAUGCCUUUUUGAUAAGAAACGAAGACCAUCCAAAAUCCUUGGACGAACUACAGCCCUUGAUGGAAUAUGUCAAGAAAUAUGGGUUUGAGAAGGACUUCACACGAAUUCGAGAUUAUGCCAAAGAUCGAUUCGAAGAGGAAAUUACAGCCGCCGAGCAACAAAUACAACCCCCGCAUAGGUCAGCUUUGGGACACGCGAAGGAGAAUGUUACCGAAGGCAAGCCCUUCAAAGAUGAGAUAGGAGCCCGACUGUUCGCGACAAGGGCCCUCACUUUCGACAUGAUACUUGGUACGCUGAAGAUGCUUGGCGUAUCAGCAAUCGGGCCACGAACCGUACGUGAGAUGGCCAUCCGAGCUCACAGCAGCCAGGAUAUCCUAGACAAACUCAAGAUGCUCCGACAAUCCGGUAUUUCCAUCAGAAACACGGUGUUCACGCGCCUGGUCCAGAAACUAGCCGUGCAAAACCGCGAUAUCCUUCUUUCCGACCUGCUGGGCAGUGAUCAGCACCCCGACGUGCUCGAGGAUGUCGAAAUGCAGGAGUCACUACUUGUCUCCUACUACAUGGCUCGUGAUUCACACCAAUACAAGAUAUCUCUCGCCGUCUUGGCAGAGCUAUUCCCCGAUACCCCGGAUUUGCUGGACAUCCAUUUCCGCAAGCACAUUGCAGCCGGGGAAUUCGACGCGGCUAUCAAAGUGGUUGAUGAGCUGGCCCUACGAGGAAGAUCCCUCAACGCGGACAGCGUGGAUUACAUGGCCGAGAAAGUUCUAACGCCUCGCCGAUUGAACCGUCGACCACCGCCCGGCAAGCUGCUGUCGACUGCAGAGGAGGCCAUGUUCAUUUUCAAGGUCAUGCAGCGCGUGGUCCCCGCAGGAGUCUAUGUCAGUGCGGCAUUCUGGGUGGAGUUGCUGAAGCGGCUUGGCAUGUCAAAUCACUGGGUAGGGCUUCGAGAAUGUUGCCUUUGGUUGGCCCGUGAAUAUUCUAACGAGGCUGUGUCCCAAUCACGAAUACCCUGGGACCCCUCACAAUCGACCACGGCUCCAGUCCAUGGACGAGACGGUCGCAUGGUUAAACUCAUCUUCACACCGCAGAUGCAGCAUGCCAUCGUCCACUGGGGCUUCAAACUCGCCGUGAAUCAAGAGAGGAAGUCAAAACUCGCCUACACGCAUCCCAUCACGGGGGCCAAGCUUAUUCCUUGGACUCGGGGUAUCAUCCUUCUUCGGGAGCUGGAGCAAGCUGGUCUUGCACUCCAGAGGCGUGAGAUUCGCCGCGCGGCUCGGUCUCGGCUGGCCAUGCUAUUCAGCCGGUGGUGCCCUUCCCAGCAACGAAUGAACCGUAUGCUGCGACGAGAGAAUCCUUACAGUCUGGAACAAGUAGCGGUGGACAUCCUUCGUGCCUGGGGUAAUUUCAGCCUGUUCAACGGAAUGGAAGUCUCAAACCCACGGCGACUGGUGAAUCCAUCGCGUACGAAAUAUUCGAGACGGCGCACUGCGCGAGUGAUCCUGCCACGAAGGAUGCCGCGGUGA